AAAACUCUCUCAAACUCCCCACGCUCUCUCAAACGCUCUCUCAAACGCUCUCAAAAUCCCUGAGAUUUAAAAUACACUCAACUCCCCCGAAAUCACUCGAAUACUAACCCCGUAAGAAGUUUUUUUUCUCACUGUUAAUGGCGUAAUCUAGGGCAAAGAAAAAAGAACCUUUCCACUCUACAAGCUAUCUUAUUUAGUUACCCCACCUGUGGGUUUCAUUCAAUAACCAUGGCAACAGUUAAAGUGACUGUAUUAUCGUCAUCUUCUUCGAUUUGCGGAAAAUCCCACUUGUUGGUUGAUAAAUGGGUCUGCAGGAUAAAAAACACUAGUUAUAGAAGUAUCAGUGGUAAUAGUUCCAUAGUUAGGAAGAGAAUUCUGGGAGUUAGGGUUUUGAUGGAUACGGAGAGAAUAAGAAGCAAAGGAUCAAUGAAUAUAUUUGAUCGAAAAGGAAUGUCAUUUGGAUUGAUAAACGGAGGCGUAGCCAAUAGAGGUCUAGAGAAAAAUUGGAGAUCUUAUGGUAAGAAAUCUUUGAGUCCAGAAACUAAUGGAUUUGUAUCUGAAAUGGUUUCUAAAGAAGAUGAGAAAGAGAAAAAGGAAGAAGAAGAAGAAGAGAGAAAUCAAGAGGAACAAACUGAAAAGUUGCUAACUUUGCCUACUAUCUUAACUAUUGGUCGUGUUGCUGCAGUGCCACUUCUCAUUUCAACUUUUUACAUGACUAGCUCGUGGGCGACAACAGCUACGACAAGCACAUUUGUUGUUGCAGCAAUUACAGAUUGGCUUGAUGGCUACCUUGCUCGUAAGAUGCGUCUAGGUACAGCAUUUGGUGCUUUUCUGGAUCCUGUUGCUGAUAAGCUUAUGGUUGCUGCCACAUUGGUGUUACUGUGUACCAGACCGUUGGAAGUUGCUGCAUUUGUACAACAACCAUGGCUACUGCCUCUACCUGCAAUAGCAAUUAUUGGCAGAGAGAUUACAAUGUCUGCAGUUAGAGAAUGGGCUGCUUCUCAGAAUGCUAAAGUUCUCGAGGCUGUUGCUGUGAACAACUUGGGGAAAUGGAAAACAGCUACUCAAAUGACGGCACUUACUAUUCUCCUAGCUUCCCGUGAUAGCAGUCUAUCAGGUUCAGGGGCGUUAGUUGCUUCAGGUGUUGCUUUACUUUAUAUCUCGGCAGGUCUUGCAGUUUGGUCACUGGCCGUGUACAUGAAGAACAUUUGGAGAAUGAUGGUCAAGUUAUAGGGUUCCUUUUUCGGGUUUUCAGUUUUGCCAACAACAAAAUCACUUAUUCAAGUGCCUUCUGUUCUAAACGCCCGUUUACUGCAUGAGAUGUUGGAACACAAUGAUUAACCUAAACAAAAGAUAAUGAAGAAGAAGAAAAUGAUGAGGAACUCUUUGGUGAACAAAUGGUUAACAAGAUUUGUUGCUCUCUUUGUUAAAGAACAGAGUAAAUAAAAUUGCAAUUUUAGAAUUAUGUGAUAUAUUUUUAAGAUUAAAUUUC